AUGAAGUCUUCUCCAUUAAUCCUUCUUCUUUCUCUUGUGGUUAUUCUUCUAUCUUCAUCUGCACCUUGGGUUGCAUCUAAUUCUUCUGAAAAACAUGAAAAUUUUCUUGAAUGUCUCUUCCAUCAUUCUCCGAACAUUUCGAAAGUCAUUUACACUCCCUUCAACUCCUCUUAUUCUUCCAUCUUAAACUUCACCCUUAGAAACCUAAGAUUCUCAACCCCCAAUACCCCAAAACCACUCCUCAUCAUCACACCCUCACAUAUUUCUCACAUCCAAGUCGCCGUCAUCUGUUCCAAAUCCUACGGUCUUCAAAUCCGAACUCGAAGCGGUGGCCAUGAUUUCGAGGGCCUUUCUUACGUCGCCUACCUCCCAUUCAUCAUUGUCGACCUAAUCAAUUUAAGCUCCAUCCAGAUCGAGAUCGAAACUAACACCGCAUGGGUUGAGUCUGGUGCAACCCUAGGUGAACUUUACUAUAGAAUCGCCGAGAAAAGUCGAACCCUGGCUUUUCCGGCGGGUACUUGUCCGAUAGUCGGUGUUGGCGGGCACUUGAGUGGCGGCGGAUAUGGGAUGUUGAUGAGGAAAUAUGGCCUUGCUGCAGAUAAUGUGAUAGAUGCUUAUUUGGUUGAUGCAAAUGGAGAGUUUCAUGAUAGAGAGUCGAUGGGGGAGGAUUUGUUUUGGGCCAUUAGAGGCGGCGGCGGAGGGAGCUUUGGAAUUGUUGUGGCGUGGAAGGUGAAGCUGGUUCUGGUGCCGGCGACGGUGACUCUUUGCUUUGUUAGCAAAACUUGGGAGGAGGGAGCAACCAAUCUAAUUCAUCGGUGGCAAUAUGUGGCUCACGACUUGGAUGAAAAUCUAUUCAUUGGGAUUCUUUUGUCUGGUGGGAAUUUUACGAGGCAAGAAGGCAAAACAAACCCAACAGCUUUAUUCUUCUCUUUGUAUCUUGGGAAGGUAGAUGAGCUUGUAUCAAUCCUCAACAAAACUUUUCCUGAGUUGGGUUUGGCAAAGAAAGACUGCAUAGAAACAAGUUGGGUGGAAUCAGCCCUCAUCAUGGGGACUGGCCUUCAACCUGGGAAGUCAUUGGAAGAUCUACUAAGCAAAGCAUCUCUAACCAAUGGAAACACAAAAAUCAAGUCUGACUACAUUAAACAACCCAUUCCUUUGGCUGCAGUUGAGGGCAUAUGGCAAAGAUUAAAACUUGAAGAUAUAGAAAUGCCACAGCUUCUAUUUGCCCCUUAUGGAGGAAGAAUGAGCCAAAUUUCUGAGUCGGAAUCUCCAUUUUCACAUAGAGCUGGAUAUUUGUACAAGAUUGGAUACGUCACUUAUUGGGAACAACAAGAUAAUGAUGUAGAGAAAAGACACCUAAGUUGGAUACGAGAGCUUUAUAGUUAUAUGACUCCUUUUGUUUCAAAAUCACCAAGGGCUGCAUAUAUCAAUUAUAGAGACCUUGACAUUGGAUCAAACAACAAAUAUGGAAAGACAAGCUACAAGCAAGCUAGCAUUUGGGGUUUAAAAUAUUUUGGAAAUAAUUUUAAUAGAUUGGUGGAUGUUAAGACGAGGGUUGAUCCUCAUAAUUUCUUUAGGCACGAGCAAAGUAUACCUACUUUCUCAAAUAAAAAAGUUUGUUACUGA